GUGUUAUUGGUCGAGCUUGAAACGAUGCGAGUGUUCGGGCCAAUCCCUUGAGAUACGAGUGGCCAUCAGUUCUCUUUGAUGACUGUCUUCAUACAAGCUCUUUGCCAGUUGUCUGUAGGGGUGACUUGCUUUGUCAAGUAAGCCAGCGGAGCUGUCGGGACCAAGUUGGACGAGCAAAAGGGUGCGCCUUUCCCAAGCACAAUGAAAACAUCGAAGAGCGGACAUCUGCUGGUCGUCUUCUGUAUGCUGGUGAUUCUCCUGCCUGCUGGCCAUCCAGUAAACGGCUGUCCUGACUCCUGUACCUGCUUGGGUGGCUUCGUCACUUGCUUCAACUUCACGGAGUCCACUCUCCUGGCUUUACCUCUGGACAGCGACACUGUGGUCCUGAACGGAGGCAACAUCCACAGUUUUCCGGUGGAAUUUCUCAGCAGACUACCUGACAUCAACUUGCUGGACGUUCAGUCCUCGGAAGUUGAGGUCAUCGUCGGCGGAUCUUUAGCAGUCAACGGCCUCCAGCAGCUGGCCAUCACGGACUGCACAAUCGGAAGUCUUGGGAAAGGUGCGUUCAGUCAGAUGCAGUCCGUGAACCAGCUCAUGUUAUCAGAGUCCCGGGUGGGAGAAAUCCAGGUAGGGGCGUUCGACGGCUUGAGCGAGAUCGACGAGUUUAGCAUCUCAUCCAAUCAGAUUGGACACCUGCAGCAGCACGCUUUUGCUAAUCUGUCCAGCAUCCUCGCAUUCAGCUUCUGCAAGAACAACAUCUCCAGCUUUGCUCCUGCGGCGUUUGGAGCUUUGAAAGACGUGAGGCGAAUCGACAUUUCUUACAACAGAGUUUACCAUCUCGAGGGCAAGGUCUCGGAGUUGCUGGCUGCACCCACUUUCGAACUAAGUUUUCACUCCAAUCAAUUUCCAUGUCGUUGCCAGCUUUUGGACAUGUUUCCCGCCCCGUACAUGUUUAGGUUUAUGUCUGAAAACUGGUGCAUAGGAGCUGGAAGUGGCGGUGCAAAGAACACGACACUUCUAGACUUGGCUGCCAGCGGGGCCUGCAAAGGUGAGUCCACGGUAACAGGGGUCAAUAUUCUCACCUCAACAUCCGGGGAUGCGCACCCGUUGAGAUCUUCGAGGGAGCCAGAUUUUGCUGCUAAAUCCACAACGUCGACCGCGAGCUACACGCUACGACGGACCGUGAAACGUCAUCACGUGAUCACGACCCCUGCAACCUCCAUCACAACCCCCGCGGGUACCGCCUCGUCUGUACGGAGCCGCUUCAAAGACUCGAUUCAUCAGAAGGACUACGGGAUGGGAAACACCGGAAGUCGUCUGCACCAAACUCUUUGUGCCUUGUUUGUGGCCACAGUCGUGGCCAGUCUGGUGGCAGACGUCAGCAACUGUUGACACGAGGGGCGCGAACUGUCGUACACUGGGCGCCAGGCAUUCUUCGGAUUGUAGAAGUAUAGGGAUUGUCAGUGGUCAUAGCAUGGAAGGUUGGUGGAGUUUAUGUUAAUGAUGUGAGUGAACUAGCUGCCCUUGGUGCUUGAUAUGUUGUGUGGGAUGUAUAUACGAUGUACAUGAUGGCCAGUGUGCACUUUAAAUGAGGCGUGUCCGCCUUUCUCAUGCACGCACAACACACACACACUUGCAUAUCCAGUCUAGAGCAAGCAUACUAAACUGCUAAAUGAUUGCUGUGUUACAUGUACUCAUUAUAUUCAAUAAGUCGGUGUCAAAUGCAAAGAUGUGUUACUGAAGUGCGAGACAAAGUUUUGUGAAUGCUUCUUAGGUUUUAAAAUACACUGUCCUUUCUAAUUUCUAUGCAAAUUGUGAACCAUUUUCAUGACAAAGUAUCGUUAAAACUGUUAGUCAGUAGUGGACAACUUCUGUAAUCCUACAUGAACACUAAACUGUAUUGCAUGUGAUAUGCAUCAGUAAUCUCUACUGGUGUUCUGGCCAAGCAAACAGGUUACUGGGACAUGUGAGCUGCUGAGGUCAGAGUGUAGGAAAUCCAGUCAUAAACUAAGGAAACGCUUCUAGUGCAGAGAAAGAAAAUGUUUAUUGUGUACAAGCUUCCGGUAAAUGAAAUGAGGCAAAGGGCGUGUCCGACAAUUGUUUUUGCAUGAAUUGAAUGAAAGUGGCAGUCAUUAAACUACUUCAUUCACAUGAGACUGCUAGCUGACUGUUACACAUUAGUCAUGUAGCCGAGCUCUCAGUCCUUGGAUUUCAAUUUUAGUGACUGGGAAAGGUUUUCCCGAGAAGAAAUGGAUGUUUUUGUCUUGUGGUGUCAACCUUUAAUGCAGCAUCCACUUCACUUCUUGAGAUUUAAGAGAUAAGAUUGGUGCUUUUAUUGCUGUCAUUGUUGCGAUUGUCAUGUUCAUAAUUCUCUGAUUGUGUUGAAGAAUCGUUUAAAUAACAUUGUUUCUGGUUUGUCCUCAUCCACCUCCAUUUUCUUGUUCCUUCUUCCUAUAGAUUUCCUGUUCCUGCGCUCCUCCGUUUUCUUCUUCCGAAGUUUCUAUGAUGUUCACCUUACUUUACCACAUUAAAAAGAAAUUCAUGUA